AUGGCAAAGAGCAAGUCCAAUCAGGGUGCGAGUGGAGCACGCCGCAAGCCUGCACCUUCUUUAUACCAACACAUCUCUAGCUUCAAGCCGCAAUUCAGCGCUCGGGUUGAUGACGUGUUACACUUCAGCAAGACGGUGGCGUGGAGAAGCGAGAUCAUUCCUGAUAAGUCCAAAGGCACUUUGACGACCAGUCUUUUAUACUCUCAAGGGAGCGAUAUCUACGAAAUCGAUGCCACUUUACCAUUGAAAACAUUCUACGACGAUGACGACGACGAUGACGACGAUGACGACGACGACGGUGGCAACAAAGAAAGCUCUAAAACUAAAUCCGCAACCUUCCCAAACCCUGAGUACGGCGACGCCUUYCAUGACAUUGAUGGUACGCUAUUGCGCCCCAAAUGGAUCUACCAAGGCGAGACAGUGGCCAAGAUGCAGUACUUAGAAAGCUCGGAUGACAGUACGGCAAUCGCGAUGUCUAAAAAUGGCUCUUUGGCGUGGUUUAGGGAUGAUAUCAAAGUGCCCGUCCAUAUCGUUCAGGAGAUGAUGGGUCCUGCCACCAGUUACGCUAGCAUGCACUCGCUCACCAGACCCGGCUCCCUGGCGGUGGCCGAUUUCGAUGUGUCUACCAACAUGGACACGGUAGUAAAAUCACAAAGCAAUGGCUACGAGGAAGACAGCAUUCUGAAAAUCAUCGAUAACUCGGAUAGACCGGGAGACAUCUUACGCACCGUACACGUUCCGGGAACCACGGUAACCCAUUCGGUGCGGUUUUUCAACAACCAUCUAUUUGCAUCAUGCUCAGAUGAUAACAUUUUGAGGUUCUGGGAUACAAGAACGGCAGACAAGCCGCUUUGGAUUCUGAGCGAGCCACAGAAUGGCCGGCUCACGUCGUUCGACUCAUCGCAAGUCACUGAGAACUUGUUCGUCACAGGCUUCAGCACGGGGGUCAUCAAGCUAUGGGAUGCGCGCGCCGUGCAACAAGCCACGACUGACCUCACGUACAGACAAAAUGGCGAGGAUCCCAUCCAAAACGAGAUAGCCAAGCUGUUCCAUUCCGGCGGCGACUCCGUCGUGGACAUCUUGUUCUCUCAAACUUCUGCCACAGAAUUUGUCACGGUGGGGGGAACGGGCAACGUGUAUCACUGGGACAUGGAGUAUUCCUUCUCGAGAAACGACGAUGACAACGGAGAUGACGUGCAAGUGGCCGCCCCAGAGGAACUACAGGGCCAAUGUCUGAAGUUUUUCCACACAGGUGGAACAAGAAGAUCAAGUAACCAAUUCGGCAAGAGAAACACCGUGGCGUUGCACCCGGUAAUUAACGAUUUCGUCGGUACCGUGGACUCAGAUAGUCUCGUUACAGCUUACAAACCAUUCCUCGCCAGCGACUUCAUUGGGAGAGGUUAUGACGACUAA